CGCAUGUCCUUCUCGACGUCAUCACGUCGUCGACUAUGGCGGAAUGUAGCCAAGUUGACAGAAGCGACGCCAGCCGUCAUCAUACCAUGGAUAAAAGCAUCACUCUGCCUCCAGACGAAAUAUUCCGAAACUUGGAGAACGCCAAGCGCUUCGCCAUAGACAUAGGUACCCGAAAAGGUGGGUCUCUCACCAAACUUGCUUACUAUUCCACAGUUCAGCACAAAGUGGCCAAAGUUCGCUCCUUCGACCACUCUGCCAAGGAGGCGGCCGGCGACAAACUUUAUGAGAUCUCGGUUCAGGAGGAGGUGACGGCGCGCCUGCACUUCAUCAAGUUCGAGAAUGCCUACAUCGAAACCUGCUUGGACUUCAUCAAAGACCACCUGGUCAACACCGACACCAAAGUCAUCAAGGCCACGGGCGGCGGGGCGCACAAAUUCAAAGAACUGCUGGAGAAGAAGCUGAGACUCAAAGUGGACAAGGAGGACGAGAUGACGUGUCUGAUCAAGGGCUGCAACUUUGUGCUGAGGAACAUCCCCCACGAGGCCUUCGUGUACGCCAAGCACGCCGACUCCGAGUUCCGCUUCCAGACCACGCAGCCGGACAUCUUCCCCUACCUGCUCGUCAACAUCGGCUCCGGCGUCUCCAUCGUCAAGGUGGAAUCGGAAGAUAAAUUUGAACGUAUCGGAGGAAGCUCGAUAGGCGGCGGGACGUUCUGGGGCCUUGGAGCCUUACUCACCAAAACAAAGAGGUUUGACGAGCUGCUCCAACUGGCCUCUAAGGGGCAGCACACCAGCGUGGACAUGCUGGUCAAAGACAUUUACGGAGGAUCCUACGGCUCUCUGGGCCUCACCGGCGACCUGAUUGCGAGCAGCUUCGGGAAGUCCGCCACCGCUGACAAAGACUUCUCCAAAGAGGACAUGGCCAAGAGUUUGCUGCACAUGAUCAGCAACGACAUUGGGCAGCUGGCCUGCCUGUACGCCAAACUCCACCAGCUGUCGCGGGUCUACUUUGGCGGCUUCUUCAUCAGGGGGCAUCCGGUCACCAUGCACACCAUCACCUACAGCAUCAACUUCUUCACCAAGGGGGAGGUGCAGGCCUUGUUCCUGAGACAUGAAGGCUAUCUGGGCGCCAUCGGGGCUUUUCUCAAAGGAGCGGAGGAAGACAAUCCGAACCAGUACAGCUGGGGGGAAAAUUACGCGGGAAGCUCCGGCCUGAUGAGUAUUUCUCCGGAUAUGAAUCCCACGCAACGUGCACGCAGCGGAACGUUCGACAUGCUGGAGAUGGACCGUCUGGAGAGGCAGCUGGUGAAUCUCCACCUGCUGCAGGACCCGUCUUCCUACAUCCCCGACACGGUGGACCUCACCGAGGACGCCCCGGCCCGUGAAUACUGGUUGGACUGCUUCGAGGAGGCCCUAGACGGGGUGGUAAAGCGGGCAGUGGCCAGCCAGCCCGACAUGGCCGAGUCGGUGGAGCGGGCCGAGAAGUUCCGUCACAAGUACAGACACAAGCUUCAGACCCUGCGCCACCAACCCUUCGCUUACGGAUCUCUGACGGUCAGAAGUCUUUUAGACACGAGGGAGCACUGUUUAAACGAGUUCAACUUUCCCGACCCCUACUCCAAGAUCAAACAGAAGGAGAACGACGGAGCUCUCAAGUACUACCUGAAGGCCGUCCGGUCUCUGGAGGCGCUGGGCUGGGAGGAAAGACACUUUGCGCUGGUCCGGGGCGUCCUGGCCGGGAAUGUCUUCGACUGGGGAGCCAAGGCCGUGUCCGACGUCCUGGAAUCAGACCCCGAGUUUGGCUUUGAGGAAGCAAAAAGGCAGCUGGAAGAGCGGCCGUGGCUCGUGGAUUCGUACGACCAAUGGCUCCAGAGGCUUAAGGGCCGUCCUCACAAGUGUGCCUUGUUUUUCGUAGAUAAUAGCGGCGUAGACAUCAUUCUAGGAGUGAUGCCUUUUGUCAGGGAGCUUCUCUCUCGGGGAACGGAGGUGGUGCUGGCCAGCAACUCUGGUCCGGCUCUAAACGACGUCACGAACGGCGAGCUGCAGAUUCUGACGGAACGAAUCGCCGCCAUGGAUCCGGUCAUUCAGGCGGGGCUGAGGGACGACAGGUUGACCUUAAUUCAGAGCGGUUCCAGUUCUCCCUGCCUGGAUCUGAGCCGCCUGGACAAAGUCCUGGCCAUGGUGGUGCGCGAGCGGCACACGGACCUGGUGAUCAUCGAGGGCAUGGGCCGGGCCAUCCACACCAACUACUACGCCACGCUCACCUGCGAGAGCCUCAAGAUGGCCGUCAUCAAGAACUCCUGGCUGGCGGACCGGCUCGGCGGGAAACUCUUUAGUGUGGUCUUCAAGUACGAGGUGCCGCCCGCGGGAGCCCACGCCAACGCCGUGUGAGCGCCUGGAGGCUUUUUGGGACUGAACAUAAUGAAUGUAAGGAGGAUGAGUGAAUGUUUUACAGGAGCAAGGAAGUAUUACAUUUAUUUUAAAAGCAUCAUUGAUUUUAUUUCUUUGGUUCAUUUACUCCACUUAGGCUGGAUUUACGUCGCAUGUUCAAGUGCCCAAUUCUCAUUGAAUGCAUUUUUUUUUUUCCCCGUGCCGUAUUAUCACCGUCAACCGCCGCAAAUAAUUGACGCCUCUCCAAAAAGGAUCUGUAAUUGCCUUUGGCUGCCACAAGAUGGUGAUAAAACACUUGCAUAAAGCAUUGACACCAUGCUUCUAGAAUGUACGCGAUCAUAAAGCCACGUUACAUAAACGUUUUAUUUUAGCUGGCUGGAUUUUUUUGGGAUUUUUGACACAUCCCAGUUGUGUCGCUUGAGAGCAAAGAAAUGGAAAUUAUUUCCACUUGAACCUUUCGGCGUAAAUCCAGCCUUAGUGUCACUCAGGAUUCGGGAAGUUUGCCUGUGAAGUCGCGUGCCACUUCCCCCCGCCCCCCCCCUACACACCCCUGUUGAAUUGCCAUGUUCUUGUGAUGUAAAAAAAUAAAAAAAAAAUCCCACUCCUUUCAUUGAAAGCGAGAACAAUUGAA